AUGACUACCUACGACCUUCAUACACUUGAUGCCCUUGCCCAAGACUGGAUCCGACUUGAUAAGAAUGAAGAAACCCGAAAUGAGAUCAUUGCUCUUCAAGAAGCAAACAACCAUGACGAACUUGCCAAAAGACUGUUGAACCGCAUCGAGUUUGGUACAGCAGGAUUAAGAGCACGUAUGGAAGCUGGCUUCUCGAGAAUGAAUGAUUUAACUGUCCUUCAGGCUUCCCAGGGAUUAGCAGCAUAUAUUGAGCGCACAGUUGAAAAUGCAAAGGAACGCGGUGUGGUUGUUGGCCAUGACCACCGCCACCACUCCGAAGACUUUGCUCGCCUGACAGCAGCAGCAUUCCUUACGCGCGGCUUCAAAGUGUGGUAUUACAAAGACUUGGUUCACACGCCAUUGGUGCCUUUUACUAUCAAGAAACUCAAGGCAGCUGGUGGUGUUAUGAUUACUGCAUCCCACAACCCCAAGGAUGAUAAUGGCUAUAAAGUGUAUUGGGAAAAUGCGUGCCAGAUUAUCCCUCCUCAUGAUGAGGGAAUUGCCAACACCAUUCUAGAGAACCUUGAGCCUUGGGCCUGGGACUACGAAUUGGCCACCACCAGUGAUCUUUGCAUUGAUCCCACUGAAUUGGGUGUUAUUGAUUCAUACUUUGAGGAAGUGGCCAAGUUAGCCAAGUUCAAAUCGGAUAACGAGGAAACUAGCGUAAAGUUUGUCUACACUGCUAUGCACGGUGUCGGCUUACCGUUUGCAAAGAGAGCGUUUGAUAUCUUUGGUCUUCCUCCCUUUAUCGAGGUUGAGAAACAGGUUCAGCCUGACCCUGACUUUCCUACUGUCGCAUUCCCUAAUCCUGAGGAAGGAAAAGGUGCAUUGAGUUUGGCUAUUGAAACUGCCGAAGAAAAUAAUGCAAACAUCAUUAUUGCCAAUGAUCCAGAUGCCGAUCGACUUGCUAUUGCUGAGCGAACCGUAAGUGGAGAAUGGAAGCUGUUCAGUGGAAAUAUGAUUGGUUCCAUUCUUGGUGCAGCUUCUCUCGAGAAGGCUGAAGCUGCUGGUCAGGAAGCAUCAUCGUUGGCUAUGGUGGCCAGCACAGUGUCCUCUAAAUUUUUGGCACGCAUGGGAGAAGUAGAGGGAUUCAGAUUCGAAGAGUCAUUGACAGGUUUCAAGUGGAUCGGUAACAAGGCAUUGGAACUUGAGAAGGAAGGAUACAACGUCGUAUUUUCUUAUGAGGAAGCAAUUGGUUUUACUAUUGGCGACAUCGUCAAGGAUAAAGAUGGUGUGAGCGCUCUAGCCUUUUUCGCUGAGUGGGCUGUUCAGCUCUACAAGCGAGGCCUUACUGUAUUCGAGUACCUAGAAGGACUUUACAAGAAGUAUGGUUACUUUGUCUCUGACAACUCGUACUUUAUUUGCCAUGACAAAAAAUUGAUCGAGAGCAUCUUCAAGCGUAUCCGCUACGGAGAUCAUCCUUAUGAAUAUGAGCUUGCAUAUCCAGAGACCAUUGGUGGUUACAAGGUUGUAUCUGUCCGAGAUUUGACUGUUGGAUAUGACUCUAGUAAGCCUGGAAACAAGCCCACACUUCCUGUCUCUGCGGCUUCAGAAAUGAUUACCUUUAGCCUUGAGAAUCAUACCGUAUUCACGAUCCGAACAAGCGGUACUGAGCCCAAGAUCAAAUAUUACUCAGAGCUGAGAGGCGAAUCUGAAGAGCAAGCCAAAAUUGACUUAGCCAAGGUUGUUGCAGCCAUUGGCGAUCAACUUAUGGAAUAUGAAAAGAAUGGUCUUGCAAAGAAGAAGGAGGAUUAA